CCUCCUCUGGACUUGCUCCAACAGCUCCAUGUCCUUUUUAUGUUGAGAACACCAGAACUGCACACAGUAUUUCAAGUGGGGUCACAUGAGAGCAGAAUACCAUCAAAGCAAAAAGAAGUACUCUUAAGUUAACAGUCCUAUUCUCCAUAAUGGCUUUAAAAAACAGGAGUCCCUGGGAACACACACCACUUACCAGGGGCAAAAUUACAUCAUUCUCACAGUCAGGCUCUUCAAGAAGUUGCAGCUUUAUAUUGCAUGCAGCCCAUGUGCCCUACAACGAAGCUUAGUGAAGGAUCCUUCUCUCAGCAGCUCAAUCCCUAACCUACUGACCAGCUUCACACAAGCUAGAAAUGCUUCUACACAUAGCAUGUUAAGGAUAUAAGGCAUCCAAGCAGCUGGGUGUGUGUAAGUGAGCAUCUGAUACAUCCAGAGGUGUGCAGCAGAAUCUGGGCCUCAAAACUACAAUGUUCAGUGGGUGAACUGCAUCUUACUACUUGAGCAAUCAUCUGCAAUGUGGUGAACUGAACACCAUGAUUACAGGUCAGAUACCUGCAUGCUAAUCUAGACAUUACUGAAGACUCACCAUAUGAGUCGGAAUUUCAAUUUUUCAAAGUAAAACUUGAUCAGUAAUAUGGGGGUUUGAGACAAUCAAUAUUCGAGUUUCAAAUUCAAAGUAAUUCAAAACAUGACAAUGUUGUUUGGCAAAUGCAGUUAUUAGCCUCUGCUUCUCACAUGUGAAAAGCUGGAAUAGUAGCAAAUAACUUACUACACUUUGCAAUGUGAAGUUAAGAAAAAAAUCACUAGAUGGUACACACUGUAGCAAAGGAUAUCAGAAUAAAAUAUUCACAGAACUUCUUCCAGAAAAGCUGCAUUACAAAUACAUUCCCCAAUAAUUUACUCUUACAAUUCAUACAUAAAUAAAAUCUUUCUUGUCAUAUAUAUGAUUAUUCUGCCACCAAAUACAAAAAGGUGCCAUAAAAGUGAAGGGUGCUAUGGAGACUGCUUGCCUGCUUUCACUUGAAGAGUGACAGGCAGAUUCUUUGGUCAAACUGCAGGAGGCUCAAGUUUUUCCUGCAUGCAACCCCACAUUCAUAGAGAAUACAGUAAAAUUUGGUUGUGUUAUGUUAACCGUUGCAACAAUUAGUGUUAAACAGACAUGAAAAUACAAACUCUAUGUUUGAGAAAUACAUGACUUCACAGGUCUCUGUAAAACACAAUGAUGCAUGUCCUGUCACUAAGUAUUUUAGUUUGACAAGUGCCCAGGACCAGGAGUGUAUCAUUUAACCAAAGCAUUCACUGUAAGUUUACUCAGCUGUGGGAAAUGACACUACAUACUUGUGGCUUCAUCAGGGACUUGAAGAGGUUAGAUUAUAUAGGUUCUCUCUAUAGGUUUGCUUCUUCCUUGAUGCACAAUUGAAGACGUACUACAGCUUUGUUAAGCCUUCUUUACUUCGCAUCAUUAAUUUUGUCUGUGUUAAAAUGAGGUUCUGUGUAUGUAGCUUAGAUGGGGACUUUAAAGGGAGUUUUCCCUAAUCAAAUAAACUCUAAGUUCUAGGUAUAAAAAAGACAUACACAUAGCAUAUAAUUAAAAGAGGUACACACAUAUAAAUUCUAUUAAUUAGGCCACAAUUUCAAAAUAAAAGCAUUUUUUUCAAGGGGUUGAUAUAUUUUAAAAGAAUUCCAAAUAUGUACACUACAUAUAUUUUACAUAUGCAGGAACAAAUAAUUUACAAAGGUAGCAAUCUUAAAAAUGAAUUUCUUCAACGAGUAAUUUCAUUCAAAUAUGUAGACAAUCAGACACCAGAGUAAGUUAGGAUCAGAAAUGGGCAGUUCUUUUAUACUGUACAAGCUAAGAGUUUCUUUUAAAUGAUUUAAAAAAAAAAAAAAAAGGGGGAAAAAAAAAAGAUCUGAUAUGACCAGUACUUUAAGGAAAAUCCUUUCCAAACUAAAAAUUUUUUCAUGCUGAUCAGAAUUCUGAGUGCUAGUCUGUUACUCUUUCUGCAAUUAAGUAUAUGUUCCUAUCUCUGAGUAAAGACCUAACACGAGUGCAUGCAGGCAGGACACUUGACACAGAUGUGCAUGCAAUGACAGCAACAGCCCUCCCAGAGUAUAUUUCACAAAUAGUUAGGAUGAAGCAAAGAAGUAUACACUGCUCACAGAAGCCCAUUAAGGGAUGGAGUCACAGACGCAGACUCAAAGUUAUCAUUUUUAUUAAAAAAUAUUUCAGCUGUUGUGUAGUCUCAGAACAGAGGAAAACACCAGAGACAAACCAAAAUUAGGUCUUCAAGAGAGAUAGAGGAGAAGGCAGAGAGACAAAGCUAUGUAAUAUUACACAGGGAAGAUGAAGGCCAUUUUAUUGUGUUGCUAGUAGCAUUUUAAAAGAAAGAAAAAAAAAGCUCACAAUGGGUUUGACUAUAUGGUAGGACGGGCUGAAGCAUAAGGCUCGUAUUUCAUGAAAGAGAACAAAACCAGACAUAAAACAUAGGCCAAGCUCAGGUCUGGAAAGUAAUGGUUGCACAAGGGGAAGAGAAAAGAACAUCAUGAAAACUGACAUAAAUGAUGUACAAUUGAUGGAAUGAUUCUGUCUCCCAGCUACUCUCUCUCUGAGCACUAGUGAGAUGUUGGUCGUUGUGUCUGGCAGCAGACAUUUAAUGAUCACUAAUUCACCUGAGUGCAGACGACACCAGUGGUUUAUUUCUGGCAAAAAAUAUACAACCAUUUAGGCAACAACAUCUGAGAGCUGGUAAGUAACAUGUAUAUUGAAGAUGUAGCAUAACAUUAAAUUUAGAUUUGUAUUAGUAUAGUAGAUCUGUACAAUAUGACUUCCCUGAGUUCACUGCACUUAAGAGGUUUUUUUCCUUGUAGCUUUAAAUCUGAAGUGACAGACUGUAUCAUGAGAAAGAUAGCAAAAACAAGCCAACUUUAGAAGUCAAACUCAGAAAACACAGAAGAGACUGGCAAGUGCUUCACCAAACAUUUACGUUAAACAUGAAUUGUUGUCUGAUUACAUGUUAAAGCCAGUAAAUGAAGAAAUAUUUCUUUAAACAGUUACUCAUCUUCUACUAGCAUUUGUGUUUAACUUUCAAAGUACAGCAUAUCAGUGUAAAGUAUAAAUCUCUCAAGUUACCUUUAUGAAACACUACUACUAAAAGGUAACUAGUUGUAAUUAACCACUGCUAGAUGAGCCGUAACAGCAUAGAAAUAACCACAGCAAUUUUACUUAUAAACACAAGUUUAUAGACUGGAUUUAAAAAAAAAAAACAAAACCUAAAAAAACCCAAAACCAAAACAUGAUUGAUCAUGUGAGUUGGCUUGCAUGAACUAUGCAUGCACUGUGUUCUGAGACCUUUCAUAGUUCCGUGAAAAUUAAUCUGAAGGGACUGAGCUAGCCCAGUGGUGCUUUCACUUAACAAUGCUCUGCAAUACGUUUACCUGCAAUUGUCCUUGUCAAAAAGGCUGUGGAUUCGUCAUGUUGACUGAUUAAACUGAAGUCUUCAAGCAACUGAAUUUCUCAAGCAAGAGUGGCAGUGACGAUAGCAGUUGAAAAGCCUCAAAAUAAUUUCAUAAUUAAGAAGUGUUUUCCAUCAUACAUUCUGUAUUAACAUACUUAGCAGAGGUUAGGAACAGUAAAUAUAUCCUACACAUCUGCUAAAGCUGCCUUCUAGGAUUUUCACAUCUUUCUUAUUAUAUUUUCAGGUAGACAUAACUAGAAACCAGAAGAUUGGGCAAAACACAAUUCUGUAUUGUCUCUCCAGAACUCCACAAACAUUACCUCACUUAUACAUAACUCCACUGUAUGUUGCUGUGCUUUUACAGAAAAGGAUAGUACUUAAGUUAUUACUAAGAUUAAGUACCAUACUAUCCAAAGCUGCAGGGGGAGAAACCACACAAGCUUUGGGAUAAAAUAUAACAUGGGAUUCCAGCCACCACGAAAAGACUGUAUUUCUAGCAACAACCAGGAUAGAAGUUUAAGAAAAAUUACCGUAGACAGUGUAGCAACAAUAAAGCAGAGCGAUUCAUUACACCUAUCUGAAAACAUGCCCACUAAGCUUCAAAGCACAGACAGAAGGCAAAGCAGCAUAAUGUUUGCUAUGAAAGAUCAACAGAACAGUGAAGAAAAUAAUUCCAUCAGGCUCCAUAAACGAAGGAGGAGAUUUAUAAUUAAAAAGAGCCCAAUUCUGAUUUCCAUAAACAGCUCCAUUCUCAACUUGCCCACUCUUAAAUCUGAGGAUAGAAACAACAACAAAUGGAAAAAUCUCUAUCAGAUCCAAAGAGAAAGAAAGCGGAUUAUGAGAGAAACUUGUUCUAAGUACAAAAGUAAUAAUAGAAGAAUAAUCACUCCUUACCAUGUUUCUAGAAUAUUUGUAGAAGAUAAAUAUAGAGUUCUAUACUGUGAAGUUCCAAAAGCAGGCUGCUCCAACUGGAAACGGGUGCUCAUGGUUCUCAAUGGGCUAGCUUCUUCCACAAAAGAUAUACAGCACAACACAGUGCACUACGGAAACUAUUUAAAAAGACUGGAUGGGUUUGAUCACAAAGGAAUUUAUCAUCGGCUCAACACUUACACAAAGAUGCUUUUUAUUCGUGAGCCUUUUGAAAAGCUGGUAUCUGCAUUUCGGGACAAGUUCGAACACCCAAACAACUACUACCAUCCGGUUUUUGGAAAAGCUAUCAUUUCCAGAUACCGUGUCAACGCCACCAAAGAAGCAUUACGGACAGGUGCUGGAGUCACAUUUAAAGAGUUCAUUCAAUAUCUCCUGGAUGUACAUAGGCCAGUGGGUAUGGAUAUCCACUGGGACCAUGUCAACAGGCUUUGCAGCCCAUGUUUAAUAGACUACGACUUUGUUGGGAAGUUUGAAAGUAUGGAAGAAGAUGCAAACUUCUUCUUGCACUUAAUUGGUGCACCACAAAAUUUAACUUUCCCCAAGUUUAAAGAUAGGCACUCCAAUGAAGAAAGAACUACCACUAAAAUUACAAAACAGUAUUUUGCACAGCUUUCUCCUUCUCAACGUCAACAAAGCUACGACUUUUACUAUAUGGAUUACUUGAUGUUUAACUACUCAAAACCUUUUGAAGAUUUAUAUUGAUUUGAGAGCUGGGACAUUUCCACAGUCAUAUCAGUUGAAUUGCAUAACAAAUCCAGGUGGCUUCUGUUUCUAUAUACUUGUCUGUUAGUAAACAAUCGGUUGAAGAGCAAGAAAAACCCAAUGGCUAGUGAUGUUUACACCUUCACCUUAAUUGCCUCCUUUUUCAAAUCAUAUUUUUUCGAUGAUUUCUCCAUAUGAAAUGUAUGUACAUAUAUGUAUAAUGUGUCAGGGUUCCCAAAUAAAGCACAUAAUUUUC